AUGUACUUCUGUUCACAAACAAGUUAUAAAUUUCGAGUACAAUGUUUAUUAUCCGAAGAAAAAUUUAAAAAAUCAUUACGCUUGCAUAACAUUGAAUCGAAUUUUAAUGAAAAAUAUAUUAAACAAGAAAUUUGUAAAACUGAAUUAAUAGAACAGAAUAAUGAUUCAAAUUUCAUUUCAAUAAAAAAUGAAUACCUUGUACCUGAUGUAAAAAUUGAAGAUAACUUCUUAAACGAUUAUUCCACAAAGAAUAAUGAUUCCGAAGUUUAUAACAAUCAAUCAGAUGAUGAUUGUAUUGAAAAUAUCGAUCAUGAUAGCUUGAAAGAUGAAGCAAACGAAGAUUAUUUAGAAAAUACAGAUUGUAAAAGUUUGAAAAAUGAAGACAUCACUAAAAAUGUUAAUGAAAAAACUGUGUACAAAUGUACAGAUUGUAAUAAAGUUUAUAAAAAAGCAUGGAUGCUUGAAAAUCAUAAAUUAGAUCAUGGUCAUAAUUGUAAAGUGUGCUUUAAAAGCUUUAAUACAGAGAAUGAUUUAAAUAAACAUGCGCAAGAACAUGCGCAUUUAGAACCGAAUAGAUUUGUUUGUAAAGAAUGUGAUAAUGAUUUUUCUUCAAAAUUUUCACUAAAUUUACAUAUACGGAGUCAUCACAAAGGAGGAAAACCACACUUAUGUUCUGUUUGUGGUAGAGGGUUUGCGAUUGAGAGAUAUUUAACUGAGCAUAUGCGGAUUCACAAUGGAGAAAAACCUUAUCAAUGUAAUGUUUGCAAUGCUAAAUUUCGUCAAUCUUCGACAUUAAAAAGUCAUUUAACAACUCAUACAACUGACAAGAAUUAUAUUUGUACUGUUUGUGGUAAAAAAUUAGCUUAUAAAGCUACAUUACGAAUACAUAUGCUGAGUCAUACUGGUGUUAAAAAAUAUCCUUGUACAGUAUGUGAUAAAAGUUUCAAAGUUUCAGGUCUGCUAAGCAGACAUAUGAUUAUACAUACAGGUGAAAAAAACUACAAAUGUCAAGAUUGUGGGAAAGCAUUUGGAAGAUCACAUCAUUUAACAGUGCACAGACGAGUUCACACAGGAGAAAAACCUCAUGUUUGCUCAACAUGCGGUCGAGGUUUUACCCAAUUAAAUGUGCUGAAAACACAUUUGAAAAUCCAUAAAGAAUAA